CUGCCUCCGGGCGCCCGCUUCGCCUCCCGCGUCCUGCCUGGCUGCCCGGGUCCCCGCGGACCUUGAGUCGCUUUCGGGAGUUUAGAGAAAGCCAAGUCUUCACGUUCUUGUAGGUUGGAGACCUUAACGAAUUGCACAGCGCCACAAAGGGAACGAGAACCCGGGCGCCUUCGCAACCGGAGCGGAAGCCGGAGUUGGCUGCGGCCCGCGUGCCCUCCCUGUCCGUGGGGCCCAGACGCGUGGGCACACCCCCGCCCCUCCACGCAUCCACUGAGUCUCUCCCUCUCUUGUCCUAGCCAUGGAAGGGCUGGAGGAGGCAGAGGCCAACUGCUCCGUCGCGUUCGCCGAGGCUCAGAGAUGGGUGGAGGCAGUGACAGAGAAGAAUUUUGAAACAAAAGAUUUUCGAGCCUCUCUAGAAAAUGGUGUUCUGCUGUGUGAUUUGAUUAAUAAGCUUAAACCUGGCGUCAUUAAGAAGAUCAAUAGACUGUCUACACCAAUAGCAGGAUUGGAUAAUAUAAACGUUUUCUUGAAAGCUUGUGAACAGAUUGGAUUGAAAGAAGCCCAGCUUUUCCAUCCUGGAGAUCUACAGGAUUUAUCAAAUCGAGUCACUGUCAAGCAAGAAGAGACUGAUAGGAGAGUGAAAAAUGUUUUGAUAACAUUGUACUGGCUGGGAAGAAAAGCACAAAGCAACCCAUACUAUAAUGGUCCCCAUCUUAAUUUGAAAGCGUUUGAGAAUCUUUUAGGACAAGCCCUGACGAAGGCACUUGAAGACUCCAGCUUCCUGAAAAGAAGUGGCAGGGACAGUGGCUACGGUGACAUCUGGUGUCCUGAACGUGGAGAAUUUCUGGCUCCUCCAAGGCACCAUAAGAGAGAAGAUUCCUUUGAAAGCUUGGACUCUUUGGGCUCGAGGUCAUUGACAAGCUGCUCCUCUGAUAUCACGUUGAGAGGGGGGCGUGAAGGUUUUGAAAGUGACACAGAUUUGGAAUUUACAUUCAAGAUGCAAGAUUAUAAUAAAGAUGAUAUGUCGUAUCGAAGGAUUUCGGCUGUUGAGCCAAAGACUGCGUUACCCUUCAAUCGUUUUUUACCCAACAAAAGUAGACAGCCAUCCUAUGUACCAGCACCUCUGAGGAAGAAAAAGCCGGACAAACAUGAGGAUAACAGAAGAAGCUGGGCAAGCCCGGUUUAUACAGAAGCAGAUGGAACAUUUUCGAGUAAUCAGAGGAGGAUUUGGGGCACCAAUGUGGAGAACUGGCCAACUGUACAAGGAACUUCGAAGUCCUCUUGUUAUUUGGAAGAGGAAAAAGCAAAGACAAGAAGCAUACCCAACAUUGUAAAGGAUGAUCUUUAUGUGCGCAAGCUCACUCCAGUCAUGCCAAACCCAGGGAAUGCUUUUGAUCAGUUUCUUCCCAAAUGUUGGACCCCGGAAGAUGUGAACUGGAAAAGAAUAAAAAGGGAAACUUAUAAGCCAUGGUAUAAAGAAUUUCAGGGAUUCAGUCAGUUUUUACUGCUUCAGGCCCUCCAAACAUACUCUGAUGACAUCUUGUCUUCUGAAACACAUACCAAAAUUGAUCCCACUUCUGGCCCAAGGCUCAUAACCCGCAGGAAGAAUCUCUCUUAUGCACCAGGCUAUAGAAGAGAUGACCUGGAGAUGGCGGCCCUGGAUCCUGACUUAGAGAAUGAUGAUUUCUUUGUCAGAAAGACUGGGGCUUUCCAUGCAAAUCCAUAUGUUCUCCGAGCUUUUGAAGACUUUAGAAAGUUCUCUGAGCAAGAUGAUUCUGUAGAACGAGAUAUAAUUUUACAGUGUAGAGAAGGUGAACUUGUACUUCCGGAUUUGGAAAAAGAUGAUAUGAUUGUUCGCCGAAUUCCAGCACAGAAGAAAGAAGUACCGCUGUCCGGGGCUCCAGAUAGAUACCACCCAGUCCCUUUCCCCGAACCCUGGACUCUUCCUCCAGAAAUUCAAGCAAAAUUUCUCUGUGUACUUGAAAGGACAUGCCCAUCCAAAGAAAAAAGUAAUAGCUGUAGAAUAUUAGUUCCUUCAUAUCGGCAGAAGAAAGAUGACAUGCUGACACGUAAGAUUCAGUCCUGGAAACUGGGAACUGCCGUGCCUCCCGUCAGUUUCACCCCUGGCCCCUGCAGUGAGGCCGACUUGCAGAGAUGGGAGGCCAUCCGGGAGGCCAGCAGACUUAGGCACAAGAAAAGGCUGAUGGUGGAGAGACUCUUUCAAAAGAUUUAUGGUGAGAAUGGGAGUAAGUCCAUGAGCGAUGUCAGCGCAGAGGAUGUUCAAAACUUGCGUCAGCUGCGUUACGAGGAGAUGCAGAAAAUAAAAUCACAAUUAAAAGAACAAGAUCAGAAAUGGCAGGAUGACCUUGCAAAAUGGAAAGAUCGUCGAAAAAGUUACACUUCAGAUCUGCAGAAGAAAAAAGAAGAGAGGGAAGAAAUUGAAAAGCAGGCACUUGAGAAGUCUGAGAGAAGCUCUAAGACGUUUAAGGAAAUGCUGCAGGACAGGGAAUCCCAAAAUCAAAAGUCUACAGUUCCUUCGAGAAGAAGAAUGUAUUCUUUUGAUGAUGUGCUGGAUGAAGAAAAGCGACCCCCUACACUGACUGUGUCAGAAGCAAGUUACCGGAGUGAGAGAGUAGAAGAGAAGGGAACAACUUAUCCUUCAGAAAUUCUCAAAGAAGAUUCUACAACUUUUGCAAAAAGAGAGAACAGUGUAACAACUGAAAUUCGGCUUCCUUCUCAAAGUCCUGUGGAAGAACAACGCCCAGCCUCUUUGUCUUCUCUGCGUUCACUGAGCACACAAAUGGAGUCGACUCGUGUUUCAGCUUCUCUCCCCAGAAGUUACCAGAAAACUGAUACAGUCAGGUUAACAUCUGUGGUCACACCAAGACCUUUUGGCUCUCAGACAAGGGGAAUCUCAUCACUCCCCAGAUCUUACACGAUGGAUGAUGCUUGGAAGUAUAAUGGAAAUGUUGAAGACAUUAAGAGAACUCCAAACAAUGUGGCCAGCACCCCUGCACCAAACUCGGAUGCAAGCCAACUGGCUUCAAGCUCAUCUAGCCAGAGAGAGGCAGCAGCAACAGAAGAAGAUGUGACAAGGCAGUCCUCUCCUACAUCCCCCUUCUCAUCUCUUUCCCAAGACCAGGCUGCCACUUCUAAAGCCACACUGUCUUCCACAUCUGGUCUUGAUUUAAUGUCCGAAUCUGGAGAAGGGGAAAUCUCCCCCCAAAGAGAAGUCUCACGAUCCCAGGAUCAGUUCAGUGAUAUGAGAAUCAGCAUAAACCAGACGCCUGGGAAGAGUCUUGACUUUGGGUUUACAAUAAAAUGGGAUAUUCCUGGGAUCUUCGUAGCAUCAGUUGAAGCAGGUAGCCCAGCAGAAUUUUCUCAGCUACAAGUAGAUGAUGAAAUUAUUGCUAUUAACAACACCAAGUUUUCAUAUAAGGAUUCAAAAGAGUGGGAGGAAGCCAUGGCUAAGGCUCAAGAAACUGGACACCUAGUGAUGGAUGUGAGGCGCUAUGGAAAGGCUGGUUCACCUGAGACAAAGUGGAUUGAUGCAACUUCUGGAAUUUACAACUCAGAAAAAUCUUCAAAUCUAUCUAUAACAACCGAUUUCUCCGAAAGCCUUCAGAGUUCUAAUAUUGAAUCCAAAGAAAUCAAUGGAAUUCAUGAUGAAAGCAAUGCUUUUGAAUCAAAAGCAUCUGAAUCCAUUUCUUUGAAAAACUUAAAAAGGCGAUCACAAUUUUUUGAACAAGGAAGCUCUGAUUCGGUGGUUCCUGAUCUUCCAGUUCCAACCAUCAGUGCCCCGAGUCGCUGGGUGUGGGAUCAAGAGGAGGAGCGGAAGCGGCAGGAGAGGUGGCAGAAGGAGCAGGACCGCCUACUGCAGGAAAAAUAUCAACGUGAGCAGGAGAAACUGAGGGAAGAGUGGCAAAGGGCCAAACAGGAGGCAGAGAGAGAGAAUUCCAAGUACUUGGAUGAGGAACUGAUGGUCCUAAGCUCAAACAGCAUGCCUGUGACCACACGGGAGCCCUCUCUUGCCACCUGGGAAGCUACCUGGAGUGAAGGGUCCAAGUCUUCAGACAGGGAAGGAACCCGAGCAGGAGAAGAGGACAGGAGACAGCCACAAGAGGAAGUUGUUCAUGAGGACCAAGGAAAGAAGCCGCAGGAUCAGCUUGUUAUUGAGAGAGAGAGGAAACGGGAGCAAGAGCUUCAGGAAGAGCAAGAGCAGAAGCGGCUUCAGGCUGAGACUGAGGAGCAGAAGCGCCCUGUGGAGAAGCAGAAGCACCAGGCAGAGAUAGAGCGGGAAACGUCAGUCAGAAUAUACCAGUACAGGAGGCCUGUUGAUUCCUAUGAUAUACCAAAGAGAGAAGAAGCAUCUUCAGGUUUUCUUCCUAAUGACAGGAAUAAAUCCAGAUCUACUACUGAACUGGAUGAUUACUCCACAAAUAAAAAUGGAAGCAAUAAAUAUUUAGACCGAAUUGGGAACACAACCUCUUCACAGAGGAGUUCCAAGAAAGAGCAAGUACCAUCAGGAGCAGAGUUGGAGAGGCAGCAAAUCCUUCAGGAAAUGAGGAAGAGAACACCCCUUCACAAUGACAACAGCUGGAUCCGACAGCGCAGUGCCAGUGUCAACAAAGAGCCUGUUAGUCUUCCUGGGAUCAUGAGAAGAGGCGAAUCUUUAGAUAACCUGGACUCCCCUCGGUCCAAUUCUUGGAGACAGCCCCCUUGGCUCAAUCAGCCCACAGGAUUCUAUGCCUCUUCCUCCGUGCAAGACUUUAGUCGCCCACCACCUCAGCUGGUGUCCACAUCAAACCGCGCCUACAUGCGGAACCCCUCCUCCAGCGUGCCCCCGCCUUCAGCCGGCCCUGUGAAGACCUCCACCACAGGUGUGGCCACCACACAGUCCCCCACCCCGAGAAGCCAUUCCCCUUCAACUUCACAGUCAGGCUCUCAGCUGCGCAACAGGUCAGUCAGUGGGAAGCGCAUAUGCUCCUACUGCAAUAACAUUCUGGGCAAAGGAGCCGCCAUGAUCAUCGAGUCCCUGGGUCUUUGUUAUCAUUUGCAUUGUUUUAAGUGUGUUGCCUGUGAGUGUGACCUCGGAGGCUCUUCCUCGGGAGCUGAAGUCAGAAUCAGAAACCACCAGCUGUACUGCAACGACUGCUAUCUCAGACUCAAAUCUGGACGGCCAACCGCCAUGUGAUGUAAACCUCCAUACGAAAGCACUGUUGCAGAUAGAAGAAGAGGCGGUUGCUGCUCGUGUAGAUCUAUAAAUAUGUGUUGUAUGUCUUUUUUGCCUUUUUUUUUUUAAAGAAUAACUUUUUUUGCCUCUUUAGAUUGCAUAGAAGCAUUGUAGUCUUGGUAGAACCAGUAUUUUUGUUGUUUAUUUAUAAGGUAAUUGUGUGUGGGGAAAAGUGCAGUAUUUACCUGUUGAAUUCAGCAUCUUGAGAGCACAAGGGAAAAAAUAAGAACUUAAGAAUAUUUUUGAGGCAGAUAAUGAUCUAGUUUGACUUUCUAGUUAGUGGUGUUUUGAAGAGGGUAUUUUAUUGUUUUUUUAAAAAAGUUCUUAAACGUUAUUUGAAAUAGUUAAUAUAAAUACAUAAUUGCAUUUGCUCUGUUUAUUGUAAUGUAUUCUAAAUUAAUGCAGAACCAUAUGGAAAAUUUCAUUAAAAUCUAUCCCCAAAUGUGCUUUCUGUAUCCUUCCUUCUACCUAUGUAUUCUGAUUUUUAAAAAAUGCAGUUAAUGUACCAUUUAUUUGCUUGAUGAAGGGAGCUCUAUUUUCUUUACCAGAAAUGUUGCUAAGUAAUUACCAAUAGAAAGCUGCUUAUUUUCAUUAAUGAAAAAUAACCAUGGUUUGUAUACUAGAAGUCUUCUCCAGAAACUGGUGAGCCUUUCUGUUCAAUUGCAUUUGUAAAUAAACUUGCUGAUGCAUUUAA